UUGAUUGAGUGAGUGAGUGGUCACGUGUGCACUGAUUGCGUGCUUUUGUUUUGCUUAUGAAUUGGCGCUUAUUUGCAGUGAAAGUGUUGAACCCAUCGGACACUCGACCACUCAUUCAACUGAUCCCUCAGUAGUGAUGUCUUUGUCACAAAUACCACAAACUAUCUUCAAAUGUGAACCAUUCGUCUGCGCCCUCAAAGGCAACCAGAAGUCUAUCCGAUGUGACCAUUGCUUCAAAAGUCUGGAGACACAACAGUCGGUUAUGUGCGACACGUGUCUGAAGUACUGGUAUUGCAGUGACUCGUGUCUCAAUAGUCACGCUGUGGUGCAUCGCUUUGAAUGUCACGCGAACUAUGACUUGGCGGAAGUGAUCGCCAAGAAGUGCAGCGCACCGGUAGUGCGGGAUGAGUCCGAUUGGUGUAAAUUCAGUGAUUUGGACGAAAUGGUGACACAGACUCUGCUUCUGUUGCGGAUUCUAUUUCGCCUCAAAUCAGAGCCCAGUUGUGCCACAAAAGCACAUCCGAUGGGCAAUGGUUUGAGCGUCAGUUACGACCAAAUCAGAGCUCCGGUGUGUCAACAGAUGCAUAAAGUGUGGGACGACGAGGACAUCUGUGACACCGACAACGGCCUCAACAUUAAGACCAUUGAUGAGGUGUCCUAUAACUUCGGCGCCUGGCUUUCAGUAGUGAGAGAUGUACUGCACGCGGAGUUCAUUGAAACCAAUUUGGGAACCGUUUCCGAGGCAGACCUACUGAAAGCCUUUCGAGUCGUGGUUCGCUAUACUCUGUAUGUCAGUGACACCACGUGUCUCAAUGAGAUCGGGAAAGCCAUAUAUAUUGAGAUGUGUUUUAUAAGCCACUCCUGUGUCCCAAACUGUGGUCCACUCUUUGAUGGCGAUAAUGUCCUGAACCUCAGACUACUGGUCAACGGUGUGACCGAUUGGUCUGAACUGCGAUAUGACUAUCAAAUAGAGAUGACUGGAUAUCCGGCUCAGGAGUUAUCCGAGUCUCUGGUGAUGCGCGACAUUGAAUGCAAUUGUCUAAAGUGUGUGGAUGUGAGCCAGCAUUCAGUGAAUUUGCACAAAGCGGUCACCACUGCUAACCUCAAGUACGGCAAUUGGCCCGCAUUUGACUACUGCCACGCCAUGAUUGCGCCCAUCGAUGACGCACUCGACAGCUUCGCCAAGAUAUACGGCAAAUAUCACCCGUGGAUUAGUGCCCUUUUGCUCUGGAAGUUGAAAGUCGAGUGCAGUUUAUAUAACUGUGAAGAGAACGAAGACAUUACUAAACAGCAAAUCUUUACUACUUUUAGACGACUCAAAGACACCCUUUCGGUAACUCAUGGUCCCGAUCACGUCUGGUCUCACAAAUUGAAAUCAAUUGACAAUUCAUUUGAACAUUUUAUGGUUACGGACACCGAUUCUGUGGAUUCUGAUGAUUUGCUCACUAUUGACAGUACUAUAGAGCAGAUCAUUCCGCGGACAGUAAUUGAGCAGAAAUUAGCCUAAAUUUAUGAUUUCAUUGAUUAUGAAUUUGUUAUUUUUGAUUAACUUUCAAAAUGUACGUAAAUUUAUUUAAUUAAAUGAUUAUUUUUAUUUAAAACUUGAAGUUUUCUUUGAAA